AUGGAAGGUGAGAGGCGGGGGGCACUGAAUUUUGGCAUUGUGCAGGGUGCGGCAGAAAUUUGAGACUCUCAAGUUCUGCCACUGGCUGCAGUAAGAAUAUAUAUAAUAAGUGAAAUACUGUAGUUGACAAUUGGCUGACUUUUUCCAGAAUCUGUCUUCUUAGAACUGGGGUCACUGUGCUUAAUGAUAGGACUUGAUGGUAGAAAUCAAGAUGAGGAACAUCCCUUUGUAAAUAGUUUGUGGCUCCUGGGAUUCUUCCUCUGAAUUAAUACCUAUAAUUUCCACUGUCUUGUUGACAAGACACUGAACACAGUUGUUCCUGUUAUAUACGUUGAGCAAGUGCCCAGAGGCUCCGUCCUACUUCACUAAGCAUUUUAACGCUGAAGGUCUUUAGCUAGUAGUUAAUUACAGCUGGAUAUGUAGGUGGCAAAGUGUGCUGGCUUAACACCCGUGUCUCAUAACGACUUAAUGGUCCCCUAGUGCAAUAUUACUUGGGCUGCUUUGCCACAACAGAUUCUGCUAGUUGGAAAUUAUGAACGAAGGGCCAACAAAUUUCUGUAGCUCUGGGUACUUUAAAGGUGUUUUAUUAUGUUUCCACAGCGAGUGGGCAAUGCCACAAAGUAAACAAGUCAGCAAAUUCCGGUGGAUACCCAAAGUUUUAUUUAAAAGCAACAACUUCCCAGCAUGUUUCAAGCAGAGGUUACACUGUACUGUAUCUGGAAGUGCUUCUUUGGUUUCCCCUCAAACUAGAUGGAUCAGAAUCACAACUCGUUUUGAUAAAGAUGUUGCAUUGCCAAGACCUGAACUGCAGCCAAAGGUAACGCCAGCUGGCAGCCGGAUUAUAACAUUAUCAUAUUGAUUGCAGUAUGUGUAGCCCUUUAUGAAAAUGGCAAGAAGUUACUGGGAGCUUUAGGAGAGGCAAUAAGUAUUCAUCAGAACAGGUGAAUAUUGGUUCCUUCAAAACAUACUAGUUCAAAAGCCAGUUUCCAGCCUCCUGUCACCAACAGAAUUCAAAAUGAAUUCAAAUGAAGGGGCAGUCUUGAUUCUUAAUAGAUGGUGUCGCACAAGACGUCUCACAUACCACAUCCAUCAAAAUGAUAGCAUUGUGCUAGUUAUGCAAAAUAUGUCCCCCUGAUACACACAUAAUAAAUUUAUUUUAAAAACAUUUUGCCUGACAGGCCACUAAAAAAUAAUUCAGAGAAAACAGUAUCCUGUAAUGUGCUUCAAUUGAAAUCAUUGUUAACAACGCACCGAAGCAAAUAAUAUCAAACAGAAUUUUACAAUUAAUUUAUAUUUAUUUAUUGGCUUAAGUUGCAAAUUGUCCUUCGGUAACAGGACAUCUGGGGGGCAGAGAAUUUAAAAACCUUUUUAGCUAAUUAAUUUUAAAUUUCUUUAAUUAAUUAAAAUAAGCUACCCGUAGCUGAAGGCUUUGACUAUUGAAAUGAUUCCCCAAAUUUAUAUAUCCUAUAGUGGGUAACAGAUUUAUUUAGUUUAACAACAACAACAACAACAACAACAACCUUUGUUCCUGAAUGCUUCUGGUGAGAUAACAAUAUUUAUGAAAGUAAUAUUGUUUCUGAUAACUGUCUGUCUCGGGAGACAAUGCAAAAGUGCACCUUUGGAAGCAAGUCAAACUGUUGGAGAGUUGCAGCGCCUGCUGUGGCCGUAGAGACCAAUGCGGGAGAGAGAUGUUUUAUUGCCGACAGGGCAGAUGAAGGGGCCCAUUUGUGCGGCUGCAGAUGCCCCAUGGCGUUUCUUCUCUCUGCCCCCCUCCCAGUGCUCAUUCCUCCUCUGGUCACAGCUGCAGCUACACAACCUGUCUGUCUGUCUCCAGGCACUGCGAUCACCUGCAAGGGAUUCCCAUACGGCGGGGUUAAUGUGCUUUGCCCAUGACUCGCUUCCAUAAAGCAGUGAGCUCAACACGCAGGCCUGGCAGACCUUCUUCAUGCUAUUGGUUGUGAUAAUAAUGAGGGUGAUGAUGUAGUAAUAUUUAUAUUUAUUUAGAAGACAUCUGACAUAUAUACUCUGGUUUCUCUUCAGAUCGUAUAAAUCUUUCACCUUUUAUUUAGAAGACAUCUGAAGGCAGCCCUAAACUUAGGGAAACUUUUAAUGUUUGAUGCAUUACUGUAUUUUAGUGUUUUGUUGGAAGCCGCCCCGAGUGGCUGGGGAAGCCCAGCCAGAUGGGCGGAGUAAUAAUAUAUUAUUAUUAUUAUUAUUAUUAUUAUUAUUAUUAUUUGCCCUGACUUUUAGGAGAAGCCCUCUUGAUGCAUCUUACAAUAAAAUUCUUAAAAUGAUUGGCUAAACGCUAAACACAUAACAACAACAGCAUAAGAUAUAAUUGAAUAGGGUGCCAGCAAUAAAAUCAAUUAACAGCUUGGUGGAUUAAAAAACAAACAAACACACAUUUAGAAGUCAUAGGAAAGGGGCCCAAGUGAAGCUCCUGGGGGAGGAAAUGCCUCACAGUACGUUAAAGUAACAUAUAACUAAAAUCUAAAAUGAAACAGUAGACCAUAGUAUAGACCUGGGUUGGCUAACAUUGUCCUCCAUAUAUUAUUGGACUCCCAACUCCCAUCAGCCCCAAAAAGCAUGGCCAACAGUCAAGGGUGAUGUGAGUUGUAGUUCAGCAACAUCUGGAAGGACACAGGUUCGCCACCUCCUGGUCUAGACUGGUCUAGAGAGAGCACAGUUAGUUGUGUUUGUCUCUGUCUGAAAUCAGUGGGGAGUGUGGUCUCAGCUAUAAAAUACACUUUACUGAAAGUAAUACUACUACUAAUAAUUUAUUAUUUAUACCCCGCCCAUCUGGCUGGGCUUACCCAGCCACUCUGGGCAGCUUCCAACAAAAUAUUAAAAUACCGUAAUGCAUCAAACAUUAAAAGCUUCCCUAAACAGGGCUGCCUUCAGAUGUCUUCUAAAAGUCAGGUAGUUGUUUAUCUCUUUGACAUCUGGUGGGAGGGAGUUCCACAGGGCGAGUGCCACCACGAAGAAGGCCCUCUGCCUGGUUCCCUGUAGCUUUGCUUCUCGCAGUGAGGGAACCACCAGAAGGCCCUCGGCGCUGGACCUCAGUGUAGAACAAUGGGGGUGGAGACGCUCCUUCAGAUAUACUGGACUGAGGCCAGUAAAGUCAAUUUACCUAUUCAACAUAUGGAUCUACUAGCUUCUAGUUGGGAAGGUAACAGCCUUAAGCUGUCUAAUUGUAAACUGCAGCCAUAUGAAAUUACUGCAGCCAUCAUGAAAUAUAAAUGUAUUUAGUUAGUGCUGCUGCCUGCUCGUCAUUGAUGAUGCAAUGUCUGCUGAAAGUGAAAGAUCUCUGGAACUGACUGACUGACUGACUGACACUUUGAUUGAUUGAUUGAUUGAUUGAUGGAUGGAUGGAUUGAUUGAAUUUCUUCCCCAUUUUUCACCAUGAGGUCUCAGGGUGGGUUACAGCAAACAACAUACCAUGCCUUAUUUUGGGGUGACUGUCAGCCCUCGAUCAGCUGAGCUUGCAAAUGGAGCAAAUGUGUGGGAUCUACAAUAAAAUGUUAUGGUGUACCCACACUCAUAGUAACAGGAGUGCAAACUUCUGGAGCAGGGGUAGCUACCAUAUUGGCCCGAAUAUAAGCCGCACCUGAAUAUAAGCCGCACCUUUAAAAUUGGAGGGGGGGGGAGAAAAAAAGAAAAAAUACCCAAAUAUAAGCCACUCUAUUCCUCGCUGCUCCUGGCUGCAUACUGGGUGGGAGGAGGAGUUACGCUGCGUUGGCGGCGGCCGUUCCCCUUCUUCGCUCUCUCCCUUCCCGGCCUUGGGGGAGAGGAUGGGGGACUACGCAUGGGGCAGGCACCGCUUUGCGCACUCCUGGCGCUGUUUGCCCCACGCUCCUGGCUGCAUACUGUAAUGUCGUGAAUAUAAGCCACACUUUAACUUUUCACGGUCGGAAUUUGGGGGGAAAGUGAGGCUUAUAUUCAGGCCAAUACGGUAAUUUGUGACCCUCCAGGUGUUUUUGGAUUCCCAUCACCCAGGAUCACUGGCCACACUGGUUGGGGCUUAAAGGAGCUGGAGUCGACUCCAACAGCAUCUAGAGGGAAAAGUGGCAGAACAAAAGAGCAAUGUCUGGGAAUACUUACAAAGUGACAGAACUUUCUUUUUUUUAGAGAGAAGAGUAUGUGUGAGUCAUAUGAUUUCUGUUUGAUGCUGGGGAUCACUGCGGGCAUAACAAGUAGUGUGUUCACUUACCACUUUAAGGCAUAAUACUGUCAUAAUUAAUGUUUUUAAACUUAAUUACAUGAAACACAAGUCAUGUUUUUAUUCACACAUAUGUCUAAAGCAUUAUGACACAUCUUUCAGGUUCAUGAAGUCUAGGCAAAUAAACCCCAUUCACAUAAUUUUGAUAAUGUUGAUGUUAUUUGUCGGAAACAUUUAAGCCAGGAAUUUUCUUCUACGGUAUCAACUAGUGUCGUAAACAAAAUCUGCCCUUAUUCCUUUAUGGGGUACACAAGAGCCCUUAUAGAGUCCUUUGCAAGUUCUCCAUCGGUCGGAGAAAAUAACAGAGGCCAACCAGAAAAUAUUGAGAAGCAAAGCAGCUCGUAAGCCUGAUCUUUAUUGAACUGUUGCAACAGGGUGCUCCCUUCACACGCAGGAAAGGAGGAGGACCCAGAACAAAGGUGUGUCCGCCCUUAUAUAGACUUUUGGAAUUGCCCGCCCUGGAGUCCAAGACCACCCCAGAAACAUCAUACAUACGUCACAUGGGACUGUCUAAAACAGAAUCCUGAGUGUGUUGUUUAUCUCCUGCCUGGCAGGUUACCUGCUUGCAUUAUCUGGAUUUUGGCCACUCUUUUGUUGAUAAAGGUAAAGGGACCCUUGACCAUUAGGUCCAGCCGUGACCGACUCUGGGGUUGCGGCGCUCAUCUCGCUUUAUUGGCCGAGGGAGCCGGCGUACAGCUUCCGGAUCAUGUGGCCAGCAGGACUAAGCUGCUUCUGGCGAACCAGAGCAGCGCACGGAAACGCCGUUUACCUUCCCGCCAGAGUGGUACCUACUUAUCUACUUCCACUUUGACGUGCUUUCGAACUGCUAGGUUGGCAGGAGCAGGGAUCGAGCAACGGGAGCUCACCCCGUCGCGGGGAUUUGAACCGCCGACCUUCUGAUCGGCAAGCCCUAGGCUCUGUGGUUUAACCCAGAGCGCCACCCGUGUCCCCUUUUGUUGAUAUAACUACUUAAUUCCUGAAUCCAGGUCACAGGCUCACCCUAUUCACACCUUAAUGUGCCCUUAAGGCAGGAUUUGGGAGCACAGAGACAAUGGAGAGGUUUUUUAAGUUCUUCCCUCCUUGCAGAGAAACAUUUGGUCAGUUUGGGAGAGUCCUGAUAUCAGGAAUCACAAGACAGAGAAACCAGUAGGAUUCAAUCUCCCAGGACAUUCUAUACAAGAUCCCAAAGUAGCUGUCUUAUUACAAAAGAAUUUCAGAAAUAGACUGAAAAGAGAAGUUGCUGAAUUGCAACUUAUUACCAAACUUAAAACCAUGGAGAGACCUGGUCUGAAUAGAGACAUUGGAUUCUUAUCUCAUUAUACAUCUCACCCCUUGCUUUUUCCUGUAAGACCAACUGCAAUCGCUAACGGUCGUCAACAGGUUUACCACACCUAUCAGCCAAUCACCCAUUCCCAACACCCUUCUGAGUAAUACAGUGGUACCUCGGGUUACAUACGCUUCAUGUUACAGACUCCGCUAAUCCAGAAAUAGUACCUUGGGUUAAGAACUUUGCUUCAGGAUGAGAACAGAAAUCGUGCUCCGGCGGCGCAGCGGCAGGAGGCCCCAUUAGCUAAAGUGGUGCUUCAGGUUAAGAACAGUUUCAGGUUAAGAACGGACCUCCGGAACGAAUUAAGUACUUAACCCGAGGUACCACUGUACCCCUCCCCACCCUCUCACUAUAUAUAAGGAUCCGUGACUUCUGUUUCAGUGUAUCUGAAGAAGCGUGCAUACACACGAAAGCUCAUACAAACUUAGUUGGUCUCUAAGGUGCUACUGGAAGGAAUUUUUUUAUUUCCUGUACUGUUUCAGACAUGUGGUUUAUGUAUUUAUGUACGUGUUUGCCUUGUACAUUUAAUUUCCAUAUAUUUGAGACCUUAAAUUCUUAUAACAAUAGUAGUGUACAAUAGCCACAAAUCAGUGCACAGUUAGGCAUGCUUGUCCCAUGGAAGGGAAGAUUCACACUACACAUCUGAGGCACGGUCAGUGCAUAUUUAAAGCACAUGACUUUCUCCAAGGUAUCCUGGGUGCUGUCGUGUCCCUUUCACAGAGCUAGAAUUCCUAAGACCCUUAAACUACAGUUCCCAAAAUUAUUUGGGGGAAGUCAAGUGCUUUAAAUGUGUGUUAGAUGUGCUUUUAAUGUGUGGUGUGGAUCUUCCCGAAAUCAUUAGGGAGGGAUUGAAGGUGUACAAAUCUGUAUGGGAUUAUGACCAGUGCCUCAUAGUGGCACACAGAUAGAUUUAAUUAUAGGGCCAUAGGGUUGCAUCGAGACUAAAGUUAGUUGCAGUUAAGUUCCAUUGAAAUCAAUGCAAAAAGUUGGUUUCAGUUCAUUCAAGUUCCAUUGAUACAGUGUAACUAACAUGGUCUGGAUCCAAACCAUUAGUUUUCAAAAUACAAUGGUACCAUACGCUUCAGGGUACAUACGCUUCAGGUUACAGACUCCACUAACCCAGAAAUAGUACCUCGGGUUAAGAACUUUGCUUCAGGAUGUGAACAGAAAUCGUGCUCCGGCCGCGCGGCGGCAGCAGGAGGCCCUAUUAGCUAAAGUGGUGCUUCAGGUUAAGAACAGUUUCAGGUUAAGAAUGGACCUCUGGAACGAAUUAAGUACUUAACCCGAGGUACCACUGUACCAACAAGAAACCAUCCUUUUUCAGUUGAUUUAUUCAGUUAAUUUAAUUGGUUAGAUCAUGGGUAGGCAAACUAAGGCCCGGGGGCUGGAUCAGGCCCAAUCACCUUCUAAAUCCGGCCCGCAGAUGGUCUGGGAAUCAGCGUGUUUUUACAUGAGCAGAAUGUGUCUUCUUAUUUAAAACACAUCUCUGAGUUAUUUGUGGGGCCUGCCUGGUGUUUUUACAUGAGUAGAAUGUGUGCUUUUAUUUAAAAUAUCUCUGGGUUAUUUGUGGAGCAUAGGAAUUUGUUCAUUAUUUUUUUUUCAAAAUAAAGUCCCGCCCCACACAAGGUCUGAGGGACAGUAGACCAGCCCCCUGCUGAAAAGGUUUGCUGACCCCUGGGUUAGAUUAAUCCAAUAAAACUGCUUCUGGUGUAUGAAAAGAUGCCCAGCAUCAAUUGGAUGAUGAUGAUGACGACAACAACAACCAUAGUAAUAGUAAUGAUGGAGAUGAUAGUGUAUAGACUAUGAUAAUGAUGGUGAUAAUGAUGUAAGUAUAUAGACUAGUAGAGGGAGGCUGGGCAACUCAGCUAGUUUGGGUGAGAGAUCUGCAGCAAUACAUUUCCUAGAAUCUUUUUCAUUCCACCUAUUGUUAUAAGAAUUUUGUGACUAAGGGCUAGUGUCUGAGUUUACUUUCUUCUUCUCUACCAGUGCCUUUUCUUCCUGUAUUGUAUCUUUCAAAUGGUAAGCUUAAAGCAACGACUGUCUCAUUUCCAAUCUUUCUAAGUCACCCUGGGAGCCACUUUCAGUGGAAAAGUGGAAUGUGAAUGCUUUAAUUAAUUAUAAAAACAACAGAUUGCAAACAUGAUCUCUUCUGCCUUGCAGGAGGGCAUAUCUCUUCUAAGAGCUUGCCUUCAACACAUACUCUGAUAGUGAUACAAAAUAAGCUUUCUGCAGUAGAUCAGCAACGGAUUAAAGAAGCCAGUAAAAUUAGAAGCAUUUAUAUUGUAUAUCCCCUUCUACAAGCUUUCCUCAGUCUUUAAUCGAAGACCCUGUUCCCAGAUCACCUAGAAUCCACCGCGUGUUCCCACGGUUUCACCUUUCCUGCUUUUUGAGGACUCUGGCAUUUUCUAGAUUAUUUUUUAAAUUGUUUUCCAAAUUUAAGCCUAAACCCCACAACAAAUUCUAUUAUGUGCUGUAUGUUGUCCAAUUUAUUCCCAAUCUUUAAACUGCAAAAAAACCAAAACCACAACCAUAAAACAUGGAGCGAUAAUUUCCAAAUUUUUAUAUACAUUUUAAAAUUGAUUUCAAAUACUUUUGAUUGUCUAAAGUAAAAAAUGGACACACUUUUAAAAAUAUCUCAGAGCUGCUAAUGUCAUUAAAUAAGUGCACUUUUAUGAGCAUUUACCACCACAAAGCAUUUGGGUUUCUGCAAAUGGAAUAGAAAACAAGACCCCAGAAGAUGACAGUUAAUGGGAUAGAGAUUAAUAAAAUGUGUAUCACAUAUUAUUGCCUUUUAAAAUUAACAUAAGAAAUGGAGAGAUGCAUGGAAGAAGACAUGACAAAUAAAAGGAUAAGAUUAUUCCUUCUUUCAGCUGUGAAAUCCUAGAGGACAUUUGUUCCUCGGCCACUCGAAUCCAGAGAUAACCAAAUUACAGGACUGUAGUUGUGUUAUGUGCACAACAUUUGUCAUGGGCAUAUUUAACAGGAUUUCCUUUGGUCAACGUAAGAAGGGCAGGCUAGGUCAGGCUACUGGUGGCCUAUGUAGUCCAGGACGCAAGGGAGAAACAUGCUAAGAGGAAGGUACGCUUGGCAAAUCCACACCGUGAUCAACUCCCACCCGGAAACCAAUGUCCCCACUGUGGAAGGACGUGUGGAUCCAGAAUUGGCCUCCACAGUCACUUACGGACUCACUGUUAAAACCGUGUUUAUGGACCAAAGACUUUGGGUAUAAUAUACAGUUAAAAGAUUGGGGAAAAUUGUGGAAAGAAGGAUUAAAGGACUGCAUGCAAUGCCUUAAAAGAAAAUGUGAUGAAAAUGAUGUACAGGGGGUAUAUUACUCCUGUGAAAUUAGCUAAAAUGUAUAAAGUUAGUAAUAAAUGUUGGAAAUGUAAAGAAAAAGAAGGAACAUUUUAUCACAUGUGGUGGGAAUGUAAAAAAGUGAAAAACUUCUGGGAAAUGAUAUAUAAUGAGAUGAAAAAGAUGUUGAAAUAUACAUUUAUUAAGAAACCAGAAGCAUUUUUACUUGGCAUUGUAGGAGAUGAUAUAAAUAGAAAGGAUUGUUUUUAUAUGCUAUGACGGCGGCAAUAAUACUAUUGGAACAAAAAGAAUUACCGACAAAAGAAGAAUGGAGGAUGAAAUUGAUGGACUAUGCAGAAUUAGAUAAAUUAACAGGAAGGAUUUGAAACCUGUGGGACCAGAGAUUCUCAGAAGACUGGAGUAAAUUUACGAACUAUUUGAAAAGCGACUGUGAUGAACAGAUUACGCUAGUAGGUUUGCAAGAAGUUUUGUAAGGUGAAUUAUUUGAAAUAUUGCAAGAAAGAUAAUGAGGAGAAUUAUUAGUUAAGGACAAUUAAAGGUAAUAUGAAGUUAAGAAAUGCAUAAUAAGUGAUAAAGAACGAAAAAUCAUCAGAGGUGUUGACCGAAGUUUAAAAAUAUUGUAUAAGAGAAGUUAUGUUGUAAGACUGUUGGAACUGAUAUGUUAAAAAAUUAAUAAAAAUGUGUGUGUGUGUGUGUGUGUGUGUGUGUGUGUGUAUGCAGUGGUACCUCGGGUUAAGAACUGAAUUUGUUCUAGAGGUCUGUUCUUAACCUGAAACUGAUCUUAACCUGAAGCACCACUUUAGCUAAUGGAGCCUCCUGCUGCUGCCGGAGCAUGAUUUCUGUUCUCAUCCUGAAGCAAAGUUCUUAACCCGAGGUAAUAUUUCUGGGUUAGCGGAGUCUGUAACCUGAAGCGUAUGCAACCUGAAGUGUCUGUAACCCGAGGUACCACUGUGUGUGUGUGUGUGUGUGUGUGUGUGUGUGUGUGUGUGUAUAUAACCGUGUUUAUUGGAAGACAAUCUUACUUGGCUACGAGGGAUGGCCUAAGAUGUAGUCCAGCAUCCUGUUCUCACAGGGGCCAGCUAGAUGCCAAGGGAAAACCCAAAAGCAGGAUCUGAGCACAACAGCACUCUCUCUCCUCCUUUGGGUUCCAGCAACUGGCUUUCAGAGAUGUACUGCCUCUGACAGGGAAGGGAGAGCCUAGCCAUUGGGGUUAAUAGCCACCGAUAGCUUUACCCUCCAUGAAUUGGUCUAGCCCUCUUUUAAAGCCAUAGCUCACCUGGUAGCGCAUGAGACACUUAAUCUCAGGGUCAUGGGUUGGAGCCCCACGUUGGGCAAAAGAUUCCUGCGUUGCAGGGGGUUGAACUAGAUGACCCUUGUGGUUCCUUCCAUCUCUACCAUUCUAUUAUUCUAAGUUGGUGCCCAUCAGUAUCUCUGGUGGGAGUGUCAGAUGCUGGUGGGGGUUGCUCGUGAGUAACCAGGCAGGACCUGUCUUUUAUAGGUUUUAUUGUGCAAACUAUUUACAGUGCAGAUCUACCAAGUUCAUGUCCGUCUUAGUCACUUGCAGAAUCCGGGAGUGCCCCCUUCCAGCUUCUCCCCCAACAUAAGAACUUCGGCACCCCAAGGCUCCUCCUCCCCUCUUUGCAUUUCACCCUUCUGCGCAAGCUAGGCCACGGAAGUGGCGUGCGUCCCUCCUGGGCAGCCUGGCCAGGUGAGGCACUGGGACUCUCCGCAGCAUCCUUGAGCCCUUUCCUCGCUUGGCUGGCCCCUUCCCUCUCUUCCCCACUGGAGGUGUGGCUUUUCCCACCGCUGGAAGAGGAACUGCUCUCUGUAUCCCAACGGCCCCCCUGCCUCCCUCCCCUGUUCCAGUGGCAGUCCCCUGACAGGGAGCAUAUUCCAUAGUUUAACCAUGAGGUGUGUGAAGAAGUCCUUCCUAGAAUUAUUACAACGACUUCUACCUUUCGUGCCCUUAUAUUAUUAUUUCUUCCUUCUGUCUGUUCUGAAUUGUCUUGACAUUCAGAAUCAUUUGAUGUCUAGAGCUUUGAGAGAGAAGAAAAACCACCUGUUCACUUUUCCCAUGCCAUGCAGAAACUUAUAUACACCUAUCAUGGUGCCCCCUUCUUGCCUUUUCUCUAAACUAAGACGUUCCCCCCCCCAAGUUGUCACUUUCCCUCACUGGGGAGUUGCUCGGCUCCCUUGAUGGUUUUGGGUUCCCUUUUUCAGAACCUUUUCCCCAACUCUGCAAUGUUCUUCCUCAGGUGAGGCAGCCAGAACUGUACACAGUAUUCCAAGCGCACACGAUAGAUUUAUACAGUGGUACCUCGGGUGGCACUGUGGGUUAAACCACAGAGCCUAGGACUUGCUGAUCAGAAGGUCGGUGGUUCGAAUCCCUGCAACGGGGUGAGCUCCCGUUGCUCAGUCCCUGCUCCUGCCCACCUACCAGUUCCAAAGCACGUCAAAGUGCAAGUAGAUAAAUAGGUACCGCUCCAGCAGGAAGGUAAAUGGCGUUUCCGUGCGCUGCUCUGGUUCGCCAGAAGCGGCUUAGUCCUGCUGGCCACAUGACCCGGAAGCUGUACGCCGGCUCCCUCAGCCAAUAAAGCGAGAUGAGCGCCGCAAUCCCAGAGUCGGUCGCAACUCGACCUAAUGGGGUCCUUUACCUUGGGUUAAGAACUUAAUUCGUUCUGGAGGUCCGUUCUUAACCUGAACCUGUUCUUAACCUGAAGCACCACUUUAGCUAAUGGGGCCUCCCGCUGCCGCCAUGCAAUUUCUGUUCUCAUCCUGAAGUAAAGUUCUUAACCUGAGGUAAUAUUUCUGGGUUAGCAGAGUCUGUAACCUGAAGCGUCUGUAACCCGAGGUACCACUGUAUUGUUAUGAGUUCAGGGAACCCCUGGAAUCUUGCACCGCUCGGAGCCUGGGGUGGCACACAACCAUAUGUUGUAUUGAGGCAGAACUGGGCAUCCGUUGCCCUUCUUGGCACAACUCACAACUUGGCUGCUUUCGCAACGUCUCCGGAGCCUGCCAGCGGUUGCUUUGCACCUGACAUGCAAGCAAAAUGGUUUUUAAAAAAAAAAUUUAAAAACCUGCCCCGUUUGCCUGUUAGUUUCAAAACUGCCCUGUCAGCUCAGGCAUGCGCUGGCUGGCAGGCUGAAUUUUGCAACACCACCUCGAGCCAAGAGUUUUUGCUAAACUCCACUUGCUUGCUUCCUUUCCUCUCCAGCCCAGGAACCCAAGAUGUUUUUUUCUGCCUUCUGAAACUAGAGUUGGAUCUCAUCCUGAACUGCGUCUCUGUGUGUGGGAAAUAA